CGGAACAUUCCUUGUAUUGAUAAUUAUAUUUAUCCAUUAUAUAUAGAUAACAGUGCAAUAGGUCAUCAAGAGUACCUAAACAAAAUUAAAUUGUAAUCAGCAGCAGAAUAAUCGUAAUAUAAUAUUUUAUACUGCAGACAAAUUUAAAAUCAACAUGUCAAUUAAAUUAAUUCUGUGUUUUACAAUUUUACAACUCACUACAGUUGUUUUAUCAGCAAAGUCAUGUUGGGGUCAAACUGCUAUUUCUGAUGUGCAGAAAUUAUACAAAUAUUGUAAGAAUACCGUGUCACCUGAUUCUUCAUUGGAAUACAGAGUUCAAAAUUUUAAUGAUAACAAGUCUCUAGAAACGCUGUGUGAAGAUAUCAAAACCAGUGUAAAUCAAGGAAGCAAUAAUAGUUUAGCAAUUGAUAUAUUUAAUAACUGUAUGUCUUUGAAAACAACACGUUUGGGAUACUGGCAAUUACAGAAAUUAUAUGAUUGCAACUCAAAACUCAUGGACUUUACUUUACAAGAAAAUGUAUUGAUUAUUACUAACAACCAUAUUGGUGACAAGAAAAUUUAUAAAUCUGUAAGUAAAUACAUUGAUGAAAAAAAAACACAAGAUAAUAAAAAAGCAAUUAACGAUUUUUAUGAUUGCUUAGGAUACGUUGAAGACAUUCAAAUCGAAUAUCCAAAUAGGAUUUAAAAAAUGUUACAGAAUACUUAAUAUUUAUUAUCAAAAUAAAUAAAUAAUUUCAUUUACCGUU